GAAGCUAGGGUUUGUCGCGACCAAUCUCUCUAGGGCUAGGGUUCCGAGUUCGCAAGAAAUCUGAGAGCUAUGCCUCCUCGGGCGGUGAAGAAGGCUUCCGGUGUCUCGACGGCGACGAAGAGGACGGCGUCGAGGACGGCCAGAGGUGGGCCGAAGGCGCAGGUGUGUGCUGAAGAUGUGAAGGAAGAGGUCUCGAUCCCCGUUGUGGAGUUCCAGGAGGAGAUGAAAGCUGGGGAAGCCUUGGCCUCUGUUGUGGAGACGAAGGAGAAUAUCAGGGAAGAGGAGUUUGCGGAGGAAAAGCUCGAGGCUUUGGAAUCGAUGGCUAAUGGACCAGAUAAAAAUGAUGCCAAAGAUGCUUAUGAAGGGGAUGAUAAAGGUGAACGAUUGGAACUGGAUGAUAAUGACCCUGAAUAUGAGGAAACUGCUGUUGACUAUGAUGAGAAGGAAAUGGAAGAUGAUGACAAUGCUCAAGUAGAGGGAGUUGAAGUUGAGGAGUAUGUUGAUGGGGAUGAUGCUGUUGAAGAGGAAGUGAUUGAGAUGGCUGAGGAGAUUGAGGAUGGUGGAGAGGAUGUUGAGGGAGAAGAGUAUGAGGAACAUUAUGAGGAGGAGCAUGAGCACUAUGAAGAUUUGGAAGAACAUCAAGAGGUUGUGAAGGAACGCCGAAAGCGUAAGGAGUUUGAAGUUUUUGUUGGUGGCUUAGACAAGGAUGCAAAAGAGUCUGAUUUGAUGAAAGUCUUUAGUUCUGUUGGUGAGAUUGUGGAAAUUAGACUUAUGAUGAACCACCUAACUAACAGGAACAAAGGUUUUGCUUUCUUGCGUUAUGCAACUGUGGAGCAAGCAAAACGUGCUGUUUUGGAACUCAAGAAUCCAGUGGUAAAUGGUAAACAAUGUGGUGUUGCCCCUAGCAAGGACAGUGACACACUCUUCUUGGGUAAUAUUUGCAAAACAUGGACAAAGGAACAUUUGAAGGAGACAUUGAGGAGUUAUGGGAUUGAAAACUUUGUGGAUUUAAAUCUUUCGGAAGAUAGUAAUGAUGAGGGAAUGAAUCGUGGAUUUGCCUUCCUGGAGUUCUCUUCGCGAAGAGAUGCUAUAGAUGCUUACAGACACUUGCAGAAGAGGGAUGUCAUGCUUGGAGUUGAUCGGCCUGCUAAAAUUUCACUUGCAGACUCAUUUAUUCAACCAGAUGAUGAAGUCAUGGCUCAGGUUAAGACUGUUUUUGUUGAUGGUAUACCUGCUUCUUGGGACGAGGAUCGAGUCAAGGGAUAUCUCAAAGAAUUUGGUGAAAUUGAAAAGAUUGAACUUGCUCGCAAUAUGCCUAAUGCUAAGAGAAAGGAUUUUGGCUUUGUCACAUUUGACACACAUGAUUCUGCUGUCAGGUGUGCUGAUGGCAUCAACAACCAAGAGCUUGGUGAAGGCAAUAGCAAGGUUAAGGUUAGGGCCAGAUUAUCAAGACCCCUUCAGAGAGGUAGAGGGAAACCUGGUUCUCGGGGAGAUUUUCGGUCCAGCCGAGGGCCCCUUCGAGGAAGUACUCGUUCAUCUUGGUCAAGGCCGCCUCCUCGUAGAAUCCCAGGAGGUGUGCCUAGACAACUUGGGGGUCGUGCGGUGCCUGCUGGUGGUUAUGGAUCUAGGAGGACAAUUGAUUUCCGUGAACGACGGCCUGUUGUAGCACCACCAGAGAGGGCAAGACGUUUGCCUCCACCAGUGCGGUCAUAUGAGAGGCGGCCUCCUCCUCCUGAAUUUCCUAAGAGUAGUUCUAAGCGGGAGUACAGUAGGCAUGAUGAGCUUGCUUCUAGAAGUAGAGUUGCUGCUGCUGCUGAGUAUGGGUCAAGAAUCCUCACCGAGAGAAGGUCAUCAUCUUACAGGGAUGAGUUUUCUUCCCGUGGAUCAAGCUAUUCUGAUAUAGUGCCACGGAGUGCUCCCCGUGCUAUGGAGCGGAGGCCAUAUGCUGAUGAAGUUUAUGGGCGAAAACCUGAAUGGCCUAUCCCAGCUUACAGAGAAGCACGCAGCCGUGAUUAUGAUCCUAUCUCUGGAUCCAAGCGUUCAUAUUCAGCAAUGGAUGAUGCACCCCCUCGCUAUCCUGAUGUAAACAUGCGGCAUUCAAGGGCUCGGAUAGAGUAUGGAGUCAGUGGAAGUAGUGCUCAAUAUGAAGAUGCCUAUGCUGAAAGGCUUGGUCGAUCACAUGCGGGAUAUGGUGGGAGCAGGAGUUCCCUUUGUGGCCAUGAAUCACAUGGUUUACAUGGCAGCCACCAAGGCAUCAGUUAUGGUGGAGGUUCUGUAAGUGGUAGGGAUGUUAGUGGAAUGUACUCAUCAGGCUUCAGUGGUAGUUACCUCUCAAGGGGUUCUGAUCAAGUUGGUAGUGGCUCGUAUUCUUCCUCAUACUCUGGUCGUAACAUGAGUGGCAGUGGGUACUUAGGUGGUAGUGGAUCCAGUUCAUACUACUGAGAUGCCUGCUUGGUGCUCAUGGACUUUCAAAAUUACAUAUGGAAUUGUCUUGAUGACACAGAUUUGACAUCAAAGGAGGCUCGUGUAAACUGUGGACUUUUUGAAGCUUCCUUAUCUGAUGCUUGCAUGCAUGGAUGGAGAGAGACCAUGAGUGUUGGAAAAGUCAUGUGGAUUAUUUUAAGGAUUUGAAUAUUUGUUCAGUUGGGUUAUUCAGACAUGGAUGCAAACUGAAUACCUUCCAGUGUAAGGAUAUCUCAGUUAUUUACUCAGGGAUAAGACCAUCAAACAAGGCCUAGUGUGAUGUAUGGAAACAAAUUUUUUUCUCUAUUAAGAUCACCAUAAACUGGACAAUGAAGUUGCUUUCACAUUGAGUUUUUAUCAAGUAUUAUAUUUGAAUAUGCUUGGCCAUUAAGGUGUUGCUGGAUGCAGCAGGACAUGUGAAAUAUCAACUGCAAUGGGAUAUCUCCAAUUGGAACCUAAUCUAUGAAUGUUGGACAAUGAUUAUUAAA